ACACGCGCAAAUUCAAUUUCUUUAGCAAAAAUUAUUAAAAGAGAUGGUCUAAUUUUAAUAUAAAAGUAGACCUAGUUACUAAAUGGAUUAAAUUAGUCAUCGGAAGAAACUAACCUAAUUACUAUUGGGCUAAUUUUCUUUUUAAUAUUGGGCUUAUCAUUGCCUAUUUUUAAUUUUAAAGUAGUCAGUCUUUUACACGACAAACUCUUUCUUUAGAACCCUAGAACCACUUCACUAAAAAAAAAAAAAAAAAAAACCUUCAGAACCUCUCAUACGCAAAUUAGUCGCUCAUACGCUAAUUCCAAAGCUCGAAUUGCAGGGUUGAUAACUACAUUGUAAAGAUGGUGCAGUAUAACCUUAAAAAAAUAACUGUUGUUCCCAAUGGGAAGGAAAUGAUAGACAUAGUACUAUCUCGAACUCAACGACAAACCCCAACAGUUGUUCAUAAAGGUUAUGCAAUCUCUCGCCUUUGGCAGUUUUAUAUGAGGAAAGUGAAAUAUACACAGCAGAAUUAUCAGGAGAAGCUGUCAGCCAUUAUUGAUGAGUUCCCUAGGCUUGACGAUAUCCACCCCUUUUAUGGUGAUCUCCUUCAUGUUCUCUACAACAAGGAUCAUUACAAACUUGCCCUUGGGCAAGUAAAUACUGCAAGAAAUUUGAUUUCAAAGAUUGCCAAGGAUUAUGUUAAGCUGUUGAAGUAUGGUGAUUCGCUAUACAGAUGUAAGUGUCUUAAGGUUGCUGCUCUUGGUCGAAUGUGCACAGUGAUUAAGCGAAUCAGCCCGAGUUUGGCUUAUCUUGAGCAAGUUAGGCAACACAUGGCUAGGUUGCCUUCCAUCGAUCCAAAUACAAGAACUAUAUUGAUAUGUGGUUAUCCUAAUGUUGGGAAGAGCUCAUUCAUGAACAAGAUCACUAGGGCUGAUGUAGAAGUGCAGCCCUAUGCAUUUACAACGAAGUCUCUCUUUGUGGGUCAUACCAAUUAUAAGUAUUUGAGGUAUCAAGUGAUCGAUACCCCAGGGAUUUUGGACCGACCAUUUGAAGAUAGAAAUAUUAUUGAGAUGUGCAGCAUCACUGCUCUGGCUCAUCUACGAGCUGCAGUCCUCUUCUUCUUGGAUAUUUCUGGAUCAUGUGGAUAUACGAUUGCACAACAAGCCGCCCUCUUUCACAGUAUUAAAUCUCUUUUCAUGAAUAAACCAUUGAUCAUAGUGUGUAACAAAACAGAUCUACAGUCAUUUGAUGGUGUUCCUGAGGAAGAUAAGAAACUGGUCAUGGAAAUGAAAUCUGAGGCUCUGAAAACAUUGGUAGGCCAGGGAGGCGAGGCAACUAAUGAAGAGGGAGUACUUCUAACCAUGAGUACUUUGACGGAGGAAGGGGUUAUUGCAGUGAAGAAUGCGGCAUGUGAUAGGUUAUUAGAUCAGAGGGUUGAACUGAAGAUGAAGUCUAAGAAGAUAAAUGACUGUUUGAACCGCUUCCAUGUUGCAAUGCCAAAUCCCCGAGACCAUAAGGAAAGACCACCUUGCAUACCUCCAGGGGUUCUCGAAGCCAUGGCUAAGGAAGUAGUGGAUAAGGCAGAGAAAGAAAAGAGGAUAACUGAAAGGGAUCUGGAGGAUGAGAAUGGUGGUGCCGGUGUUUACUCUGCUAGCUUGAAGAAGCAUUACAUCUUAGCAGAUGAUGAAUGGAAGGAGGAUAUUAUGCCUGAAUUUCUUGAUGGGCACAAUGUUUACGACUUUGUUGAUCCUGAUAUACUGCACAGGCUUGAAGAAUUGGAUGAAGAAGGGAUACGUCUUGCAGAUGAGGCUGAAGAAGAGUUUGAGAUGGAUGGCGAACAAUUAACACCAGCAGAGAGAGAAGCACUGGCAGAAAUCAGGAGAAAGAAAAGCAUGCUCAUCCAAGAACACAGGAUGAAGAAGACUGUUGGAGGUAACAGACCUAUUGUACCAAGGAAGUUUGAUAAAGAUAAGAAGUUUACAUCUGAGAGGAUGGGUAGGCAGUUAACAAAAUUGGGUCUAGACCCAUCUGCAGCCAUCGAUAGAGCUCGCAGCAAAUCAAGGGGUCGAAAGAGGCUGCGGUCACCUGAAGUGGGAGAAGGUGAUGCCAUGGAUAUGGAUGGCGCGCAAUUAAACAAGAAACUACGAGCUAUGUCUCGAUCUAGGUCCAAGUCUAGGUCAAAAUCACGGCCACCAAACGAAGUCGUUCCAGGGGAAGGAUUAAAGGACUCUGCCCAAAAAGGUAAAGCUAUUCAUCUUGCUAAGAGAUCUUCCAAGAAGAGGAACAAGAAUGCACACAAGGGAGAAGGAGACAGAGUCAUUCCUACUCUGAAACCUAAACAUUUAUACUCUGGGAAGCGAUCCACUGGUAAAACCGACCGGCGUUAAGUCGUUUCAGGUCUUUGCUAAGUUCCAAUUUUGGUCUGUUUAUCACCUAAAAUUCAGGUUUUUUGUGCUAUUUUAUUUUAUUUGAAUGCGUAUCACAAAUAUUUUACAUCAAUGCACUUUAGUGUAUCAACCCAGAUUAGCUGUUGCCAAAAAAAAAACCCCAGAUUACCAUUUGGCUUCA